GGCUCAGAGUCACUUGUGCAGGUGGCAGGGCUGGGCACGGGGAAGGUGGCCUGGCUCCCAGCGCAGAGGGGGCACGGGCAGGGGCCACGCGGGUUGCAACCCCCCCAGCAUGUCUGCGGGCGCAGGGGCUGCCCGGCCUCGCUCCGUGCCUCUCCUCCCUUCCCUCUCCCAAAUCAUUCCAGGGGAAAGUGGGCCGGGGUGUUGCUGCCCAGGCCUGGGGUGCAGGGAGGAUUCCGAGCUUGCCCAGCCUCGGGAUUUGGGGUGCCGUGACCCGCUGUCCUUCUCGCAGGAUCCAAGGUGCUGGUGUCUUGCCCUGCCUGGAGCCUGAGGUCCCACGUGCCCAUCCGCCUCCCGACGUCACCAAUGCGACCAUGGGAACUGGCAGUGAAUAGGCGGCCACCCUCUGCCCCUUUUAACCAGCGCCGUUUCUCGGGGGGACCCUGCAGCAGCCCCGACCACCUCCGGCGAAGCCCCCCUGCCAGACGUCAGUGGGGACGACGCGACCGACCUCUGGCCACCCUGCUGGGCCAGGAUGAGCCCCAGCUGCACCCUGCCUUCCCCCAGCAGCCGCACAUCCCUGUAGAUGAGCCCCGCGCCUACGCUCUCCCCAGCACGCCGCCACGAAUGCUUCACCCGGCCGCUCACCCGCCCCACCAGAACCCAUUCAUGGUGGAUCUGCAUGACCAGGUGCACCAGGGACCCGUCCCUCUCUCCUACACGGUUACCACCGUCACGACGCAAGGCUUCCCCAUCCACGCCGGCCAGCACAUCCCUGGGUGCAGCACCCAGCAGCUCCCAGCAUGCUCAGUGAUGUUCAGUGGACAGCACUACCCGCUCUGCUGCCUCCCGCCCCCGCUGAUCCAGGCAUGCGCCAUGCAACAGCUCCCCGUCUCCUACCAGACGUUCCCCCCCAUCAUCUCCAGCGACCAUUACAUCCUGCACCCCCCUCCACCACCAGUGCCCCCCCACCAGCCGCCCCACAUGGCCCCCCUGGGGCAGUUUGUACCUCUCCAAGCCCAGCACCCGCGCAUGCCUCUGCAGAGGAUAGACAAUGACGUGGACCUGCGAGGGGAGCAGCACCCCAUCGCAGGCUUCACGUACCCCCCGUCCCACCACGCUCCCACGCUGUCCCCCUCCGUGCCGCUGCAUUACCUCCCCCACGACCCGCUGCACCAAGAACUGCCAUUUGGCGUGCCAUACCCCCACAUGAUGCCCCGGCGGCUGAACACCCAGCGGUACCGGCUGCAGCAGGCGCUGCCCCCUCCGCCGCCCCCUCCGCCGCCACCCCCCUACUACCCGAGCUUCCUGCCCUAUUUCCUCUCUAUGCUUCCCGUGUCGCCGACGGCUGUGGGGCCCACGAUCAGCCUAGACCUGGACGUGGACGAUGUGGAGAUGGAGAAUUACGAGGCACUGCUGAACCUGGCCGAGCGGCUGGGGGAGGCCAAGCCGCGGGGACUCACCAAAGCAGACAUCGAGCACCUCCCUCCACAGCUGAUCCAGGCAUGCGCCAUGCAACAGCUCCCCGUCUCCUACCAGACGUUCCCCCCCAUCAUCUCCAGCGACCAUUACAUCCUGCACCCCCCUCCACCACCAGUGCCCCCCCACCAGCCGCCCCACAUGGCCCCCCUGGGGCAGUUUGUACCUCUCCAAGCCCAGCACCCGCGCAUGCCUCUGCAGAGGAUAGACAAUGACGUGGACCUGCGAGGGGAGCAGCACCCCAUCGCAGGCUUCACGUACCCCCCGUCCCACCACGCUCCCACGCUGUCCCCCUCCGUGCCGCUGCAUUACCUCCCCCACGACCCGCUGCACCAAGAACUGCCAUUUGGCGUGCCAUACCCCCACAUGAUGCCCCGGCGGCUGAACACCCAGCGGUACCGGCUGCAGCAGGCGCUGCCCCCUCCGCCGCCCCCUCCGCCGCCACCCCCCUACUACCCGAGCUUCCUGCCCUAUUUCCUCUCUAUGCUUCCCGUGUCGCCGACGGCUGUGGGGCCCACGAUCAGCCUAGACCUGGACGUGGACGAUGUGGAGAUGGAGAAUUACGAGGCACUGCUGAACCUGGCCGAGCGGCUGGGGGAGGCCAAGCCGCGGGGACUCACCAAAGCAGACAUCGAGCACCUCCCGUCCUACCGCUUCAACCCCGAGAGCCACCAGUCCGAGCAGACCCUGUGUGUCGUGUGCUUCAGCGACUUCGAGGCCCGGCAGCUUCUCCGCGUCCUGCCCUGCAACCACGAGUUCCACGCCAAGUGUGUCGACAAAUGGUUAAAGGCGAACCGCACGUGCCCCAUCUGCCGGGCGGACGCGUCGGAGGUGCAGCGGGAGGCGGACUGAGGCUGGCGGGCGCUGUGCCGCACAAUUCGCUAGAGGAUGAGGACGCCGGGCCAGGGGCGGGGGCCGCUGCCCGCUGCUGGGGCCUGACCCUGCGCUUACCCCCCCUCCCCGAAGCCUCUCCUCGGAUGUGGUGAGCAUUGAGCAGUCCGGGCUCCCGGCCAGCCCUCCUCCUCCCCGCCGGGGCACGGACUCGGCCGGACGCCUGCCCGCUGCGCUCCCGGGGCCCCGAAUCGUGUUGUGCUGGAGGCGGGAGGCGCGUGGCCGUGCCCUCCGCGCUCCAAAGACGCUGUUGUUGCUCCAUCACUUUCCAGGUCUUUAUACUCCACUAGGGAAUUAGUGUUUUUUUCCCUUAGUCACUUUUUUUUUUCUGUUGUUGUUGUUUUUAUGGUUUGUUUUUUUUGGUUCUCCCCCCACCCUCCCCCCUCGUUUCCUUUCCUUUUCCGUCGCGUUUUCGGUUCCGUGGCCGUUUGACCCACCGGCGCGCGGGCGGCACCUCCCCUCGGCGUCGCUCGCGGAGGACGCGGGGAGGAGAGAGGAGGGAGCGCCGCGGGUUUGAUGCCGGACGGACGGCACCCUGAGCCAGCCCCGGGGGCAGCCGGAGGAGGUGGCCGGCAGAGCACGGCCAAGGUGGGACACCAGCAACCCCGUGGCGUGGCCGGGGCAGGAACGCCGCCGUCCCCACUCCCGCACGCAGCCCGGCGGCAGCCCCUUCUCCUGCCUCGGCUGCCCUGGGGAGCCCUGGAGGGUUAUGGCUGCUUGGGGUCUUUCCCCGGUGGCAGGACGGUGCGGCCCCAGCCCCUCUCCCCGUUCAUUCCCCCAUGCCCACCCGGGGCCAAGCCAUGUGGUGUCCUGUGGGGCAGCCAGGCCUGGUGGUGGGGGGGGACACCCCAGCCCCGUCCCGGCGGCCAUGGGCGUGCGGUGUGCCAUGGGGCUCCCGCUGUUUUUCUGUCCCGCCGCCAUCAAUCGACAUAGCCCCGUGCCCCCGUCCUGCUGGCUGGACGGCGUGGCGCGGUGCCCCCGGCCGGUGGGCAGCGGGGGGGGCCCAGCCAGGCUGCGGCGGGUGCCCCCCUGAGUCCCCGGAGCGGGUGGUGGGGGAUUUAUCCAUCACCUCAUGGUGUAUUUUCAGUGCUAUGGGGCAGGGGGAGCUGUGAGCAGCCCCCCAGCCGCCAUAUCCCCCUCCAUGCCCAUGCCAGGGCCCAGGAGCGAAGCCACCGCCGCCGCCCGGCUCCAGCAAUCCCGCGUGGCCGUUGUUUUGCAUGAUUAAUUAGCCAGGAGGGUGACGGGAGGCGGCGGCGGUGGCGGCGGUGGUGAGAGGGACCACCCUCCCCUCCGCGGCGCGUGUUUGCUGACGCCUGGGAGCCUCCGAGCGGACGCCCAGCCCUAUGUAAAUGUUCACAAAAAAAAAUAUGCAUGCAUGUCUGACCAGCUUGGAACGUGGUCUUGGCUACGUCUAGCCGGCUGUGGGGUGAAGGGGGGGGGUGGGGA